AUGGGAGACGAUGGAGGCAACAUGGGAGGCUUGGCCACUUGGUUGGUGGCGAGCUUGGAAGGAGCAGGACCUCACAACGGAGCGCACACUGCGGGCACGGACCAAACAGGACCCACCGGCUCAAGCUCAGGUGCUGGCAUCCGCUGCCCCGGACCUUUGGGCUCUGGACAGGGUUCAGGACUAGACCAUGUGGUGACCUCUGGCUCGGGUUCAGAACUAGGACCAGAUGGAACUGGUGAAGGGACAGGCUGGACCCUAAUUGCCCCCACUCUGGGAAUUGGUCCAGGGACAGGGCAGAUAGACAAAGAGGCUGGAGAGUUAGUGGCAGUGAUGACAGCCUAA